UUUCUCUCGACUUUCUUUUCUUUUGAACACAAUCGACUGUUACAUCGCUACCAUCGUCCCAUCGCUACCAUCGUCUCAUCGCUAUGGCUGAAUACAAAGGUUCUUCGCAGGAAGGUGCUCGCCACCAAAAACUCGAAAAGCAACGCGAGAGGAUGAUGAGCGAGUUUGAGCAGCAGCGGGCUCAAAUCACCAGGGAUAACGAGGUCAAGGUCUCGUCGGACAAAUUCGUGGUCCAGAACGACAAUGUCGAGGAGGCGCUCAAAAAGUCGACGAUCGGUCUGGUGCAUUUGAAGGAUUUCCGAAAGGUGCGACAGGAGCUCGAGGAACUGAAGAAGCGGGAGGCGGCAAAGACGAACCAGCUGCAAGAAAAGGUCGUCAAGAAAAAGACGAAAAAGACGAUUUCGAAACUGUCAUUCGCAGAUGAUGAAGAGGAGGAAGGGGGACAGGGCGAUCAGGAUGAUAAACCGAACAAGAAGCGGGCGGGAAGCGAUGAUAACGACAGCCAAGAAGGAGACUCACCCAACAAAGAUUCACCCCCUACAUCAAAGAAAUCAAAAUUUGGCAAGGACCCCAAUAUCGAUACGAGUUUCUUACCGGACCGUGAACGUGAGGAGCAGGAGCGGAUGGCACGGGAGGAGCUGAGGCAGGAGUGGCUGAAGAAGCAGGAAGCAAUCAAAAAGGAGACGAUCCAGAUCACAUAUUCGUAUUGGGAUGGCUCAGGACAUCGCAAGGAGGUCGAGUGCAAGAAAGGAGACACGAUUGCUCAGUUCCUGGAAAAGUGUCGGCAACAGUUCCAACAGUUGCGGGGCGUGAGCAUCGACAAUAUGAUGUAUGUGAAAGAGGAUCUGAUUAUCCCUCAUCACUAUACGUUCUACGACUUUAUCAUCAACAAGGCCCGUGGAAAGUCUGGACCACUAUUCAGCUUUGAUGUGCACGAGGAUAUUCGACUGACGAACGAUGCGAAUGUGGAAAAGGAUGAGUCGCACGCGGGAAAGGUUGUGGAACGGACGUAUUAUGAACGCAAUAAGCAUAUCUUCCCGUUAUCGCGGUUCGAGAUCUAUGACCCCGAGAAAUCGUAUGGAAAGUACUCCAUCAAGGGAAAAUAAGCGGGGAAAAGGCGCCGAAAAAGGAUCGACAGUCAGGAUCAGGAAAGAGAGAAAAUAAAGCUGCUCUAUUUCCCCGUCUCUUGAUUAUCUCUCUUCUUGUGUUUGGGGUAGCCAUACAUCUUGAGUGAGG